AACGCUUAUUAACACACUACAGCACUCAGCAAGCCGCCUUUCCACAUUGGUUCCUGCUGGAAAGCACCAGGAAGAGCUGCGCAAGGUAGACAUGGAUGAGGACAAAAGCAAGAGAGACUCCAUCGAGAUAAGUAUGAAGGGAUGCCGGACAAAUAACGGGUUUGUCCAAAAUGAAGACAUCCCAGAACAGGACCCAGACCCAGGCUGCAGGGACACCCCACAGCCCAGUGUCGUGAGUACCCCUGCUCCGGAGGAGCCCCACCCCAAGGCCGUGCAGCCUUAUGCCGGGAUGCCCAAGGAGGUGCUGUUCCAGUUCUCCGGCCAGGCUCGCUACAGGGUGCCUCGGGAGAUCCUCUUCUGGCUCACUGUGGUUUCUGUGUUCCUGCUCAUCGGCGCUACCAUAGCCAUCAUCGCCAUCUCUCCAAAGUGCCUUGACUGGUGGCAGGCAGGCCCUAUGUAUCAGAUCUACCCGAGGUCUUUUAAGGACAGCAACAAGGAUGGGAAUGGAGACCUGAAAGGUAUCCAGGAGAAGCUGGACUAUAUCGUUGCUUUAAACAUAAAGACUGUAUGGAUCACUUCCUUUUAUAAAUCAUCGUUGAAAGAUUUCAGAUACGCUGUCGAGGACUUCCAAGAAAUUGAUCCUAUGUUUGGAACAAUGAAAGAUUUUGAGAACUUGGUCGCGGCCAUACAUGACAAAGGUUUAAAAUUAAUAGUCGAUUUCAUACCAAAUCACACAAGUGACAAGCAUCCUUGGUUUCAAUCGAGUAGAACGCGCAGUGGGAAAUACACUGAUUAUUACAUCUGGCACAACUGCACAUAUGACAGAGGUGCAGUCAUCCCUCCCAACAACUGGCUGAGUGUGUAUGGAAACUCCAGUUGGCACUUCGAUGAAGUACGAAAGCAGUGUUAUUUUCACCAGUUUUUGAAAGAGCAACCAGAUUUGAAUUUCCGAAACCCUGCUGUUCAACAAGAAAUAAAGGAAAUAAUACAGUUUUGGCUCUCGAAGGGUGUUGAUGGUUUUAGUUUUGAUGCAGUAAAAUUCCUUUUGGAAGCGAAGGACCUGAGAAAUGAAAUCCAAGUAAAUGCAUCGCAGACUCCGGACACAGUCACCCACUACUCAGAGCUUUACCAUGACUUUACCACUACUCAAGUGGGAAUGCAUGACAUUGUCCGGGACUUCCGGGAGACCAUGAACCAGUACAGCAGGGAGCCUGGCAGAUACCGGUUCAUGGGGACGGCAGCCUCCACCGAGAGCAUCGAGAAGACCAUGAUGUACUAUGGUUUGCCAUUUAUCAAGGAAGCAGAUUUUCCUUUCAACAAUUACUUCACCACACUCGAGGCUCUCUCUGGGCACACUGUAUAUGAUGUGAUCACAUCGUGGAUGGAAAACAUGCCAGAAGGAAAAUGGCCCAAUUGGAUGACUGGUGGACCAGAAACUCACCGGCUGACUUCUCGCUUGGGGAACCAGUAUGUCAACACCAUGAACAUGCUUCUGUUCACGCUCCCGGGAACACCCAUAACUUACUAUGGAGAAGAAAUAGGGAUGGGAGACAUUUUCAUUACAAAUUUUAAUGAAAGCUAUGAUAUUAAUACCCUUCUCUCGAAGUCACCAAUGCAAUGGGACAAUAGUUCAAAUGCUGGGUUUACUGAAGGCAACCACACCUGGCUACCCACCAGUUCUGAUUACCACACCGUGAAUGUGGACGUCCAAAAGAGCCAGCCGAGCUCAGCGCUGAGGCUGUACCAGGACUUGAGCCUGCUCCACGCCAACGAGCUGCUUCUCAGCAGGGGCUGGUUUUGCCUUUUGAGGGAGGACAGCCACUCUGUGGUGUACGCAAGAGAACUGGACGGCAUAGAUAAAGUCUUCAUUGUGGUUCUGAAUUUUGGAGAAUCAUCAACUGUGCUAAAUUUACAGGAAAUCAUUUCAGAUCUUCCUACAAAACUGAGAGUAAGAUUAAGUACCAAUUCAGCCCUCAAAGGCAGUGAUGUGGACACACGCGCCAUUUCUCUGGAGAACGGAGAGGGAGUCAUCCUGGAGCACGGCACGGAGACUCUCUUCCAUUAUCAAGCAGCUUUCCAAGACAAAUGCUUUGUUUCCAGCCGUGCAUGCUACUCCAGCGCCCUGGACAUUCUGUACAGCCUGUGUUAGGAAGCUCCACAAAGGAUGGCCACCCUGCAUCCAGGAGGCCUUAACAUAUGUGCAGCUGCCGCCACGGAGUAAGCCUCGUGACGGCAUCAGCUUGUAGAUAUUUCUGUAGUAUGGAGGCAACUGCUCUAGGGAAGAUUUUCCAAUGUUUGAAAGAACAAUAAAGUGUUUAAAAGCUUA